GUCACAAAGGAAAUAUCGAUUUUAAAUUUGUAAAAUAAUGUACGAUUGAUUAUAAAUCAAAUACAACAUAAGGUAAACAUUGUUUACACAACAGACGCGUUUUUUGUUGUCUCUCGAAAAUAAUGUUUCGCGCGCGCGUCGAAAAAGAAGCGGUAGAGAAACGACGCUGGGGGAUGGAUGUAGAGGGGAUAUGACCGUGUGAUGCCUGUGUGAUGCCAGUGUGUUUACCUGUCGUGUAUACAUACGCAUGUACACGAAAGCGACGCGAGCGGAGUUCCGGAGGAGCCCGAGAUUUUUCCAAAGAGAUUUUUCCCGGAUCGCAUUUUCCAGGCGAACUAGCUCGCCCGGACUAGCGUGGCCUCUCUCGUGUUUCGCCCGGGUUUUAUCGCCUGCGAGAGGAAUAGACGGUGGCAACUGGAAGCUGUCAUCUACGAACGCAUAUAACUCUGGUCGGCAGUGGCGAAGCUCAAGUACUCGGCGAAUAAGCACAAUGCAUUCCAGUUUUAAAACCAUCGUCAUGACAAUCAUCACGCGGUUUCGAAACGGAGUUCUCGACGUGAUAAAAUCUGCACGCGCUCGAUCGACAAACGCCGAGGAUCGCCGAGCGAUGUUUUACUUGGACGGUAGAGGAAACGCCGCCGCGAAAUACGACUCGUCUUCGUCCUCUAAUGAAGAGGAGGAGAAUUUUGGCUGGUGGCUGAACGAUCGGGAAAUCGCGGUAUUGCAACGUGGCAAGGAUCAUCGAUCAUCCGGACCGAUGACGUCUUGCUGCGCCGAUUCGGCGGACAACCGCAGCUUCGCAAAGGAUGUAUCGAGACAGGAGCAGGAGAGCGAGAUCUCGUCGGAGAAAAUCGAGCUCAGUUCGUUCACAAGAGACGAUCUGAUUGAGAACGACGCCAAGGAAGCGAAUACUUGGUCCAUGACUGAAGACGACAAUCAAGACAACAUGAGGGAGGAAUUCAAAGCCAUUUGCUACACUCCGGAAAGACUGAUCCGAUCUCAGGAAUACCGGAUACUCGUGCCGUCUUCUCGUCAUUUUAUCUUCUCACAAGCGAGACUUAAGCCGGAGAACGAGAGUAGAGAACGGAAGUCUCGCCAUUGCCGAAAACAAUUGGACUGUCUCAUCGAUUCCAAGCAAAUCGGUGCAACGCAGCUAAGGAAGCUUCUGAAUUUAUCAGUCACGGAUGUAAGAACUCACUCGUCCACUUUCGAACGCGAGCCACGGAUUAAGGACGACUUUAACGCAUCGGUAAGAUCGGACGAUGAUCAUCCAGCUGAUCGAGAUCGCAGUGAACAAAGUACGGGAACGAUCAGUAGCAGUAGAUCAAGCUAUGAUAGAUUGAAUUCUAUCGGGGACAACAAGGAUCUGAUCAGCCGACCACUCUCCCUCGAGGACACUUCCGGUAUACAGAGCAACGAUUGGAGCUUGGAGACGCAGAGUGACUCGCGAAGCACUCAUCCGAUGUGUCUCUGCGACGAGCUGGCGAUCGCAUCGAGAGAUUGUAUCGGCACUUUUAGAAAUCAUCGAGAUAUCGCCAUCAACGAAGUAACAUCUAUCCUCGAGAAUCUUCAAAGCGAUGCCGAAGAAGCAAGGAUCCUCCUGGAAGAGGAUUCCUUCUGCGAUGGCACAACCUCUCACGAUCGGUUAACCAGAUUGGCUCUGGCUAUAGAAACGGACGCUGAAGUACCGCCGACAGUUUCCGAUUCGAAUAAUUGGAUAUGCCAUCUUCGCGAUAAAAUAGAACGGCUGCAGCUCGGCAAUAAAGAGAUACACAAAAAUAUAUACGGUUUACAUACAAACUUUCAAUGCGACGAAAAGAAAGCAGUUGAUUUGUCGUGUGAUACAAGGAAGCUGAUAGAAGACAUUCAUGAGUUGCGAUAUUUCGAUGAUCUAUUGAAGCUCCUCGAAGGAGAGCUUGAAAGGAUCUCCAGUAGAAAUUGGCCAUUUGUUCUAGGACAUAGUCAGUCUCGCGAGGAAAUGAAUCUGAUCAUCUGAUUAUGAUCUCAAAGACCACUGUGGAUCUUAAGGAUCGUGAUUAUGAUCUCAAAGAUUGUGAAUAUUCGAGGUAAAAGAACUUUUUUCGUGAAGAGAAUGCAAGUGAUAGAUUCUUACGGCUUUUUUUUCGAUUUUCUCGAGUUUGAGAUUGAUAAAAGAAAAGCUCCUUUUUUUUCGAUUCGAUGACUUAAGUAACUGAUGGAAGAAUCUAAUGAUCGAAAAUAAUUAAAAUAAGUAAGUAAUCAUUUUAUCGGGGGCAACAUGAAUCUCGUAUAAAUAGUUAUCAAGCUCGAUGUUGCAAUUAGACAUACGCUACAAAUGAAUUUCAUUU